AUGGGAAUACCAACCAAAGUAUCGACACAAUCAGCUCUGGCAGUAUCAAUCCAAACUCUAGCAUCUUGCUCAUUUUUGAAAUGUUCUCCACCCGACCAAAGUGCCAACUCCAUCACAUUCUUGGCUUUUGUCAAACUGUUGGAUUUAUCCUCUUGGAGGAGAACUGCACAAGCAGAAAGAGCUCGAGAGAAGCGCGAUCUGUAA